GAAAGUUACUAAGCGGACCUUUCGUUCCCUCGUCGUUUUGAAGUAGCCGAGCAGCUUUUGCCGGGAGGGUCGACUGAACAACCGGAAGUUGUUUUUAUUCUAACAUUGCAUUAUCGCUGACUGUAAAGUGACUCUUUUAUGCGACCAGAAUAUGUUUUUUGGUGUGAACAUGAUACUUCCUGUUCCGGGUGUGUGAAGGCAGAGCACUGCUGCGCGCGUCAAACUGCAAACUUUCAGCUUUUUCUAGAUCCCUGCGCUGUUUUUUGUUGUUGUUGUUGUUGUUUUUUACUCCCCGAGAUGCAAACUAAAAACUUCAAUGACAUCUUCAGAGCGCUGAAGGAUCUCGCCCCCGUUCUCACCAGUGGGAAUCUCCUUGUGGUCCUUUCCUCCUGUGUUUGGUUUGCCGUCCAAACGCACCUCGGCCUGCCCCAGGAGAGCCUCAGCAUCGGCGCCACAGUUUUUCAAAGCGGCCACCUCCACCGCCUCCUCCUCUUCCCCCUCCACCACCGAAGCCUCCCCCAGCUCCUGCUCAGCGCCGCCGCUCUGCUGUUCCUGUGCGGCGGCGUGGAGAAGGGGCUCGGCACGGUUCGCUUCCUGUUCCUCCUCCUCCUGCUGGGAUCCACCACAGGUGUCUUCUACAGCUUCCUGGACCUCCUGCAGGACGCCAGCGUGCACACCGAGGGCCUGCUGCCAGUGGUCCUGGCCUGCGUGGCCCUGACCACCCUACACACGAAGAUGACCAAAGGUUUCCUGUGUGGGGUCAGUUUCCCCGUGGUGGCUCUCCCCUGGGUGCUCCUCGUCAUCUGCACCGCCCUGAUCCCUCGCAGCGUGCUCCUCUGCAACGUCAUCGCCAUCCUGGUGGGCUGGGUGUACGGGAAAGGCUGGCUGUCCCCUGUGGACAUGUCCGAGUCCAGGGCCGCCGUCCUGGAGAAGCUCCUGCCCUUUAGGUUUUUGAGGAGCAUGAGCGGGGUCCUGUUCGUCCCCGCGUCCUCGCAGGAGAGGAGGAGGACCCUGCUUCCGCAGAUAAAUCCCACACCUGGCUCGUACCCGGUCCAAGCUUAUGCACCGCUGCCCAGCAUCGCCACUGCUAACGCCACAGCUACAAUGUAUGAAGGCUGGCCACAGCUGGCCAGCUUGACACCACCUCACACUCCUUAUGGACACACAGCUGCUCACAAUGUGGGACACAUGGCUGCUCACAAAGUGGGACACAUGGCUGCUCACAAUGUGGGACACCUGGCUGCUCACAAAGUGGGACACAUGGCUGCUCACAAUGUGGGACACAUGGCUGCUCACAAUGUGGGACACAUGGCUGCUCACAAUGUGGGACACAUGGCUGCUCACAAAGUGGGACACAUGGCUGCUCACCAAAUGGGACACAAUCAUGGACAAAUUUCAGCUCAGAGUGUGGGACACAACCACGGACACUUCUCAGACCAAAGUGUGGGACAUGGCUGUUACGGUAACCACAGUCAUAACCACGGAGCUAAGCUGUAGCUGCGUUUUUGUAUCGUCUCGCUUAACGAGAUUUCUCCCACUUGUUGCUCCUUCCCGGCUUCACGCUGCUGCGUCUAAAGAUGGACUCUGCCAACACUGAGUUGGUUUUAACGUGUAAGCUUUUGUAAAAGUGGUGUUUCUGUGUACCGAUGGUUUUUUACGUUCUUUUGUAACUUUUUCCACUGCCAGUAAUAAAUCCAUAUUUUGAGA